CAGGAUCGAGGAUGGGGCCGGCCAUCAGCUGGUGCUGGAUCCGGCCUGUAGGAGGAGUCCUCAGGCACAGCGGUGGCACCUUAGAUCUUGGCCUCUCAGCAUCAGGGGACCAAGGGUGGCCCAGGGCACUGCUGCUGUGAUUGUGAACACAAAGGGUAGGGAAACACAGCCCAGGUAACAUUUGGUCUAAUUUGGUGGACUAUUUACAAGUAAGUGUAAAUAUUUUCCAGGUUCGCGAAUCUGGUGUUUUCUUUGGUCUGUGGUCUAAGUUCUCAUUGUGGAACAAAAUGGGAGAUGCUGAAGCAGGCAAGAAGAUCUUCGUUCAGAAAUGUGCUCAGUGCCACACAGUGGAAAAAGGAGGAAAACACAAGACAGGUCCCAAUCUCUGGGGCCUUUUUGGCCGAAAGACAGGCCAAGCCCCAGGAUUUUCCUACACUGACGCCAACAAGAACAAAGGUAUUAUCUGGACAGAAGCAAGUUUGAUGGAAUAUUUGGAGAACCCAAAGAAAUUCAUCCCUGGUACUAAGAUGAUCUUUGCUGGCAUAAAAAAGAAGAGCGAGAGAGAAGACCUUAUUCAGUAUUUGAAACGGGCCACAUCCUCAUGAGAUAGUAUGCAUCUUCAAAAUAUUAGUUCUCAAUUUCAAAUAUUGUGUUUAGUAAGAAACAAUUUCUGCUCUUUUUUGAUCAGCCUGUAGUAAUUUUAACACGUUAAAAUAAAGGUUGAUAUUUUUGAUCAGGUAAAGUC